GCGGCUUGAUUCUAUGGAGACAGAAGGGAGAAGCAGAGGCAAAGUGCGCUGAAUGUUGAGGGGAGUCUCAGAGGAGUGCAGCUCCUGGACGUGGACUCGCAGGUGAAUUUCGUCACGGUUAUGUCUCCGCGUUCGCAUUUGCGCGUGGAAAUCGCCCCCCUCCCAUCAGCCUGAGGGCUCCCGCGCGCUCCAACCCCACUUCAUCGGGACCUUGACAGUCCCCCGCACCUCCAGAGCAGAUGUUCUGCGGGCUCUCCCUGCUGCUGCAGUUGCGGAUGCCCGGGUAGUGGGAGGCUGAAGUCGGAGGCAAAUGCUGAGCCGGGAGAAGAAGAAGGAAGAAGAAGCCGGGUUCGCGCUCGAUCUGGGCUUUCUGCCCCACGCUGCCAGCAUGUUCAGCUGCGUGGGCUGCUUUUGGGUGCUGCUGUCCUCCGCUCUGGUCGCCGUCUGCAGUUUCAGCUUCAUCUCUCCCGCCUGGAUUGUUAAGGAGACGCCGAGGAGCGGCCACCAGCAUCCCCAUCCUCACGACAAGGGCUCGGUCAGCUUCGGCUUGCUGUGGCACUGCUCCGAGUCUCUGGACCGCAUGUACCGCUGCUACACCUUUGGAGGACUGGGCAGAUUCGCUGAGAUCCCCUCCAGCUCCUGGCAGACCAGCGCAGUGCUGUGCUCGGGAGGCUGUGCUCUACUGGCAGUCAGCUCCCUCUUGGCCAUUAUCACCGUCUUCCUUCCCAGCGGAGGAUGUGAGAGGAGGGCCUGCACCCUGGCUGGAUACAUGCAGAUGGCUGCAGUAUUCAUCAUGGCUGCAGGACUGCUGAUCUACCCUUUCGGCCUUAACUCCUCACUGGUCCGCUCUUUCUGCGGAGACUCCGACAUCUACCAUGCCGGCGAGUGCCAGAUCGGUUGGGGCUACAUGCUGGCGAUUGUCGGAGUCAUGCUCACCGUUUUCUUGCCCUUCUUUGCCAAAUAUGCCCCAAAGGAGCAUCUGUCCCCCACCCCUUUGCCCACUCUGUUAUAGUUCCUUUUGCCAUCUCCUGAUGCCCCGGCAACAACGUCACACCUUAAAAGGCAUAGGUAAAGCUGAAAGCAACAGCUGCAAACUCCGUCUUCCUGCAUCAAGAAAAUGAAAUUAUAAGUAACCUUCUUUAAUGGUGAUGAUUUGUUAUUUAGAUUGACAUAUCUGUCAUUUUUAUGUCAGUUAAGGAGAUAAUGCAGUGAAGAGAAAUAUGGGAGAAAGCAGACCCUUUAAAGUGGGUAAAAUCCGACACCAACUGAACAAAAGGUCAGUGUGGCGUCACACGGCCUUACGGCUCUGUUUCAUGAUGUUUCAGUUUUACCAUGAGGCAAUAGAGGCAUUAAAGGGCAGGAACAUUUAUGGAUCUACAGAGCUGAGAAUUAACCCUGAGGGAGCUGCAUCUACAAAGUCAUGUCCGUGUGAUCUGGAUCGAGCAGCAGAUCCGUGAUGUUUUCUAAAAUGUACAGCCGGAAGAUCUUGGAGGGAGUAACUUCAAGAAGAACCCGUGUGACUUGCAAACACGCUGGAUUUACAAACUGUCACCAUGAAAUGGACAAGCGGUGCAGCAGCUGAACUGAAAACUGCCUCCAUCUCAGGAGAGCAAAAAAAAAAAUAAAAAAAGAUUUUAAAAAAAAGUUGGGAUCCAACAUGUGUUAAUCUGUUUUCCAAGAUUUGUUUGUGUGAUGUCCUUCGCUUGUUUCUUUCUGUUCAUAACACACAAUACUAAAAACUGUAAUUCAGGAAAAAACGUUAGAGAAAAAGGCAGGGAAAUGAAGAAAAUUUGAUCAGUAAUGCAUGAUGGGAUGGCGUUUGUUAGCGGUAGAACAAUUGAGCUGGACUUUAAAUGUGAUCUGACCACAUGUGCCUUCUAACAUAACCAAGACGUGAUUCUAAUACCUGAUCAGGUUAUUUUCUGCUAAAAAAAAAAACUAGCUGCUUUUGUGCGAUGUUUCAUUAUUUUCUCCCACUUUGCUCCUGUCAGCGGUAAAGUGUUUCCUUACUUGAUGCAGUACGACCUCUUGGAGUUGAGAAGAUGUUCUGGAGGAAAAGCAGUAAUUUCUGGAGAGGAAAGUGAAGUUUGUGCGUUGGACCCGUGUGACUUUUAUGCCAUUAGUCCAGAAAAAGGUAGAGUAAGUAAAACUGCAUCAUUAUGACAUGCAUGUUUUUCUCAUGUCAUAUGGAGAAUUCGCUAAAGCAUAACUUUGCUUUGUUCAUCUAUGCGUUACACACAUUCUGUGAAGGAAAAAGUAUUUGUCUCUACUUGGUUUUAUACGUUUGCCCACUGACAAUAAAUGAUUCCAUGGUUUUAAGGAUAAAAUUGCAGAGUUAAAGACAAAUGUAAAAGAAAAACAUCCAAAAGCUCAUAACUUUAUUUUAAGGACUGAAAUAAGUAUUUUUCCCAUUCAUUAACAUGACUUUUCUGGCUAAACUCAUGUUCAUUUCUUGCAGGAUUGAACUUCCACCAAAUUCAGUUUCUGCAUUUUAAACAAACUUUCUUAAUAAAAUGUUGCAGUUCCUCAAAUGACCACUGAAAUCUGGUGUUAGAAAGGAGCACAGUCUCAUUGACUACCAUGUUAAAAAGCUUAGCUUUACACCAUUCUUAGUUGUUUAGUAUGUUUCAUUAUCUAUUUAUGACAACUUUGAAGUCAGAGACAAACCAGAACUGUAUUAGGCCCAUGGUGUUCACACUGGACAAGCAGGGAGGGGCUACUUUUUCCUUUUCUACUGUUUACUAGUGCAUGUCCACCACCUACAGUUGAAAGAGGCUUGAUGCGAAAUGUUGAAGGCUUUUCCUUUCAUAGCUCUAUUCGGAUAUGUGAUGGAUAAUUAUGUAUAAUUUACAAACUGCAAUGUUUCAUUUCUUAUCAGUGAUGUCUUUGCAGUCAUUGGGAGCAUUCCCCCUCCAAACAUGGAGAGUUGAAAGAGGGUCUUGUCUGAACACAACACAGUUCACCUCUGAAUCCCUGAAAUCCCUUCCCACCUAACUGGUAUCUGUCUGAUCAGCUAAACUUCACAUAGUUAUGUAUAAAAGUCCCAGAUUAAGAUUGACAAGUCAUUUCUUUUAUUCCAGCAGCAUAUUAAUCUAAAUGCUAUUUUCUUACCAAACCGCUUUGAUGGUCUUGUUACCCAUUCCAGACUUGUGAAGGUCUACAGACGUCCUGACAUCUGGGUCAUACAGUUGACUGACUGAGUCUCUAGCACCCUUUCAUCUAAAAUCAUAUUUUCUUGAUUGGUGGAACAUCAAAUACUGCAUCACUUUCUGUUCAAAUAAUCAUUGAAAUGAUAGAUUUGUCAGUGGAAAAACAUAAAAAAGCAUCCGGGGAUGCAUAUUAGGUUCUUCUCCAGUAAUCUAGAAGAGCUGGAUUACUUAAACAAAUUUGAUAAACUGCUGACUUCCUUGUUUUUGGGGAAGGAGAGCAUAAAUAUUUUGCUUGGUUGUAGGCUAAUGCUUUGAUGUUUUUGUUGACCAGUUUUUGGACCCUUCCAGUCAUCCUCCCUGCACCAAAACUUUCCUCGUUACCCGUCUUGUACACUGCCAAUUUCAUGAAGCCUGACUUCCUCUUCUAGUGGACGUUUGUGUGCAUAUUUGUAAAAAAUAAAAAUAAACAAACAUUCUGGUUUAAAGUUUACAGAAUAAACUGUCCGUGAUUUCAAGUUUGAGGUUUCCAUAGCGACAUGUCCUGACAAAUGACUGUGUUUUUGUAGCCAUUUCUGAGAGCUGAUCCAGAGAGGAGUUGUUGGUAUUGUAGUGGACCUCAUAGUGUGAGUGGCUGUGUGGGGACGGGGGCGUGGCUGCAUCGGCUCGUCUUUCUGUUUGUUGACCUGUUGUGCGUAAGUCUCAGCACUGGUAAAAACCCUUUUGAUAGACUAGUAUUAUUAUUUUGUUGUUUUGUUUUUUUCCAUUGUGAUGUUUGACUGUAAAUAAACUGUUCUUGAUA